CCGCAUGCGCAGUCCACGCCGUCCCUCACUGAGCAUACGCAGUCAGAGAAGGCCGACAUCCUCGGCGCCCUGGGUCCUUGCAGCACCACAAAAGUCCAUAGAAGUAUUUUGUGCUGCUCGGGUGUGCAGAAGGUGGCUCUAUAUAGGUGCUAGGACUCGUUGCCUAGGAGAGGCGACGCGCGGGAGGAAGGAAGGAAGGAGCCGGGAAGCAGCCUUCGAGAGCGCCAUGAGCUUCCGCGGCCAGCGUCCCGUCCCAAUGCCUCGGGCGGCAGCCAAGAUUGGAAAGCCCUUAUCCAAACAUUCUGCAGGUAGCCAUCUGAUUCGGGAUUCAGCAUGUCAAGAUAAUUCAGUGCUUCAAGAAGAUAAACAGAUCAAUGAACUUCAAACUCCUUUUUUGAACAGGAAUGACCAAAAGAAACUGCAAGAGGAAAAUGUAAGACUAAAGUAUGAAUUAGAAGAUUUAAGGAGCCGUUAUGAAAAGCUUAUAGAAGAAGGGAAGAGUGAAUGUUUUGAUGAAAGACGUGUUAAUCUUCUAAAGGCUCAAGUACUGCAGCUCGAAAGGCAGGUGGUUCUACUUACAGAAGGAUUAAGUUCUCGAGCUGCUCUUAUGUUGGAGUUAAACACUUCUUUAGAAGCUCUUGGUGACAGGAUUAGCUCUUUUCUUAGCACUGAGAGAACUGCCUCUGAAAUAACCAUUCCAUGUUCAGAACUUCAUCAAAUGAUUGAGCAAUGUGAAGCAAUGAGAAUCAAACUGCAAAGAAACCAGCAAGUUUCUGAUCUUUCAAAACUUGGAUUGCCCUGGACAUUGGGAAGAAACCUUACUGUGCAGCCUAUGACCCUUUUGGAUGUGUGCUAUGGCAAAAUAGAAAAUGUAAAUCUUAGAUACGUGAGUGCCCUUGAAGGAAAACUUAGCAAGCUGUGGAGACACCUGCUUGCCAUGAGGCAAAAUCUGAGUUUCUUGCUUGCCCCAGGACAGAUGUCCUCUGAGACAGCUCAUCAUAUCCUACCAACUGUUGUUUAUGCUCGACUGAUAAAUCAUGUGGCUCAGUGUCAUCAGUACAUGGAGGAAUGUUGCAGUGACUUGCUCAUGUUGUCACUUCUGGUACCUUCCGCACCUUGGGAAGUCCUGAAGAGUUCCUUGACCCAAGAGUUCACUGUUGAAAACGUGCUUGCUAUCCUUCCAGGCUUUCCUAAGGGUGCCCCCCAGCAACGUGCUAAAAGGGCAGCCGAAGCCCUGGUAAAGGCUCAGAAUUAUUCUCGGCAUAUGGCAAUGCAACAGAUUCUUGCUUUACAAGGUGAACUGAAUUUCUACAGAAAUGUAUAUAAACUUCAAGUUAAGUACAGUGAAGCUCUCUUUGAUGGGAUAAAGCAAGCAUACCACACGUUUCAAGAUAAUGUUGCCAUGGUUCUCUGUUCACCACUACAAGACGCCCUUUCUUCCUACACAAAAUUAAAAAUGGAAGCUUCAGAGACUGCUUUGAGAGAAUUUCUCACUGUUUUUAGAAACAAUGCUGAGCAGAUCAAAUAUGCAGUUGAAACUUUAACACCUCCAGGAAACCAGCAUCGUGAAGGUGACGAGGCUUUGUCAAAGUUUGGAAAAGAGUUCUUCCUGUCCUUGGAACGUUCACUCAAAGUCUGUGGGGAGCAACGGGAUAAAGCAGCCAGUGAAAUGGAAAUCCUACAGACAGAACUGGACCAGGCCUUAGAAACUCUUCAGAAUUUAAAGGAACAAAAGGUAAAGAAAGCAGGAGCCAGUCAGCAUUUUUCAAGACAUGAAGAGGGUAAGAUGGAAGGAACAGAAGCGAUUGGCCUGAAUGUACUUUCCAGAACAAUACCUGAAGUGAAUUCAACAUCUAAGUAUGUUCCAAAUAGAUGUAGCCUCUUGCAAAAACAAGCUUCUGUUGUAGAAUCUGUAAAUCCAUCAUCCAGACAAAAACUAGAAAGUUCUGAGGGUGGAAAUAUUCAACAGAAAGGGAAACACCUUCAUCGGAGCAAGAGUAUGAAGGCCACUGAAAGGCUGCCCUGGCAAGAUUAGAAAUUGCUCUCUAGUGUUUGACAAGGUACAGUCUUACUGACUGCUGUUGACAGUGAGAGAUAAGAGACUUCCUUUUGGCUACCAAAGCUGCAUGUUUAAUGAAGAAGCAGCUUUUCUGGGCCUCUUUAAAAUAUGCCAAAUUUCACUCCAUAGAACUGCUUCUGUGGAGUGAACAUGCAUUUGAUAUGUCAAAGAUACUCUUACAUUAAUAUAAAAACACGCAGGAGCAUUCCUGAACAUUGUAUAUCUCUGAUGAAACACAGGUGUAUAAUGUGAACACUCUAGUAUUUGUUUCAGAGAAAGAUGCCCAGGUAUCUAAUAGUCAUACCCAAGGUCACAUUCUGGUUCUAUUACAAUACUGUGUGUUCUUCAAGAACAUGCAUUUGUGCCUUUUAAGAUACAGUAGCAUCCGCUAGAGUACAGUAGUCUGUAUUGAUCAUUGUCAGAUAAUAGAUUUGCAUGUUUCUUACAAGGUAUUGCUAUACUGGCUUGAAAGAGAAUUGAAUGCACAUCAGCAUGACCCUCGUCUUCCUUCCUUCCUUCCUUCCUUCCUUCCUUCCUUCCUUCCUUCCUUCCUUCCUUCCUUCCUUCCUUCCUUCCUUCCUUCCUUCUUCUCAUGGCCAAAACAUAUACAAGCUUCAUUGCAUAUUGCUUUCACACUCAUACACAAACACACUACCUUUCCUCAGUCUGACACUCCAGAUGUGCUAGAAAACUACUGUCAUCCCUAGUUGGCUGGAAUGAUGAGAUUUAUAAUCUGGCACAUCUUGUGGAGGGUGCAAAUUAAGGAAGACUUCAAAUGUGAAAAAAUGAUACAUUGUAGGAUUUUCAUGGACUGCAUUAUCAAGCUACUUUGUUUCCAACUAUACACACAAAUAUCUGGGCAAAGAUACACUUAACAACUACUUCAGAUCUUGUCUUUUAGUGCUGACUGAAAACACAGAAAAAUGCCAUAUAGAUAUGUGGGUGUAUGGAAAAGAAAGAAAAAAGACUGUGCAGGUAAUGGAACAGACUUUGAACUUGUUUCAUUAUUGUUUUACAGAAAUGGUGUUCCUUUCCUAGACACAUCCGGUUGCUUGGAAACCAUUCCUGUAUCAGGCGUUUUAUUCAUAGUAUUUCCCAAACCAGCUAUAGUUCUUCUUAAAUGGUCUUAGCUACCCAAGAAAUAUGAUUGUUCCCUUUGGCUUCCUAACCCUUCUGAAAGCAAUACUUUGGGCUUUAAUUUGUAUGUGUUUAAUAAAGUUGUCCAGUAUGAUAGGCUCAGGAUCAAAAGCAAUAUCAAAAAGUUUACCAUUUGCCCAUCUUUUAAAUAUGGGUAUCUUUUUUCAUUUUUUUUACAAGUGAAUAUGAUAAAUUUGGAGGAUGUUCUGUAUUCUUAUGUAUCAUAUUCAUAUAUAUAUUUGCUUAUUAAUAAAUGAUUGCAAGAGA